GCUUCGUGAACAGCAGUCUUACCCUUAAGCAGACGAAGAAGAAACGAACCGUAUCAUGGUUCAACUGGUCAUAUCAAACUGUUAAUAAAAGGUUCAUGUCAGAGGGCUGUUGACCAGGAAGUCGGCCGGACCUUGUCCAUUUAGUGUUCAGAAGUAACCCGCUGCAGAGAGGACGGACAGACUACAGGCGUGGACUCAGCUGUCAGGAUAAUGUCAGGAGAAAAGAGGUAAGAAGCUGCUUGAAACAGUCUCAUCUGGGCUAAUAUUACUGUAUCCUUAAAGCUGAGCUUGUGGUGUGUUUGAGAUUUCAGCCAACAUGCAGAGCUGCAGCAUGAACGGGAGACAGUAGCAGUUACUCAGUAUUCACGUUGGUUACGCCAUGUUUGCACUAUGUUAACACCAGAGCAAUGGAUUAAUCCAUGUUUUAAUCCAUUGCUCUGGUUAACACUAUUUCCUUUAAAUAUAGUAAUUUUGGACAAAGAACCAUAACUUUUUAACACUUGUUAAGCAUAGCAAGCGAACCGCAGCUAUAAUGUAGGCCUGCUAAAGUUGAAAUGUCCGAAUAAAAGUGUGAAUCUUUUUGAAGCGCGUGCACCAAAGGCUUCGUUGACGGCGCCGUUCACGUGGACGUCAAGGUAAUAUGAGAAUUAUUAUUGUUAUCAUUACAGUGUACAUGUCUGAGUAGUUUCUUGCUUGGCUUGAACAGCUCUGAAAUUUCGCAGAAAGGAUUUUUAUAGUGACAAUGAAAGUUGUAUUGCGUCUUUGAAGAGGACUUUAUCAGCCAUUUGUUUGUUCAGGCCUUUUAUUGUGCUGCAGAAGACCAACCUGAUGUUUAAUGAUUGACUCUCUGUGUUUUGACAGGAGUACUAUGGCAAAGUUCUGGGGAAGUCCUCUGACCUGAAGACCAACGCCUGUGUGACUUCAGGCAAGCCCAUCCCAGCCUUCAUCCGGCAGGCUUUGAAGAAAGUGCACCCUGAAGUUACUGCAAAGUAUGAUACAGUCCCUAUUCUUGCUUUACGUAUUCUUCAAAUUAAUCUUGUCCAUGCAUAGUUGAAAUUGGAAUCCCACUUCCUCAGGUACUAUGGCUGUGGUCUUGUAGUGCCAGAGUGCUUGGAGGGCUGCAAGAUACUGGACCUGGGCAGUGGAAGUGGGAGGGACUGUUUCAUGCUGAGUGAUCUGGUGGGUGAGAAGGGUCAUGUUGUUGGCAUCGACAUGACAGAGGACCAGGUACUAUAUUGCAGUAGUUUAAAAUGGCUACAGUAAACUCAACAUGGCAACAAACAACUUUUCUUUUUGAAAUCUGCACCAAAGAGGGACGAUUCUUACAAAUCUCUAUCCCAUCUAGCUUGAAGUUGCUCGCAAAUACGUGGACUACCACACAAAAGAGUUUGGCUACAAAGAGCCCAACGUCAGUUUUGUCCAGGGCUACAUUGAGGCCUUGACAGAGGCUGGUAUGGAGAAAAACUCAUUUGACAUUAUAAUGUAAGAAGCCUUUAAUGUCUCUUUCUCUUCAUUUAAAAUUAAAAUGGAGUGUGAUCCUGUAAAGAUUGUGUUAAUGCUUAUUUUCUGCCACAGUUCCAACUGUGUGGUGAAUCUGUCUCCAGAUAAGAAAAGAGUGCUGGCUGAAGCCUACAAUGUGCUCAAGGUACGCUCCCUCUAACUUGGGAUUUUUUGGUUCUCCAAUUCCUAUAGAAUCUCAUAAAUAUGAGAACAAUACCUGAACCACUUUAAUUAUGAAGCACAAAACCCAUACACCUGUAGAUUUUCACUGCUACUCACGACUUUCAAUGUUUGGCUUUGGUCUUCAGGAUGGUGGUGAACUUUACUUCAGUGAUGUUUACAGCAGUGGAAGACUGACAGAGGAGAUAAAAAAUCACAAAGUCCUGUGGGGUGUGUCAGAUUUACAUUAACCUGCUGCAGUAGCAUAUGAAAAUGGGCCAGAAUAUGACUUUAUAUUUUAUGUUGGCAGGUGAAUGUUUGGGUGGAGCACUCUGGUGGAAGGAUCUGCUGCAGUUAGCUGAAGAAGUGGGCUUCAGCACACCUCGUCUCGUCACAGCCAGUGUCAUUACAGUGGACAACAAAGAGCUGCAGGAUGUGCUCGGUUUGACACUUUUUAAAACUUAUCUCUCUCUUGCAUAUUGCUGUUUGACUUUUUUUGUAUAUUUACUUCUUUUUAAGAAGAAAAAAAGAGAAACUGUAAUCAAAACAAACCUAAAUUUGAAACUGAGUGAAAUUAAUCCUUUUGCACCAACAUUACAAAAUAAUUUUUUGGCCAUAUUCAUCUUUAAAGUUUCUAUUAAUCAGGUAAUUUUUUGUCCUUAUGCCAGUAUAACACCUAAACUAAACACCUUUUACAAGCCUUGCACAGCUGCAAACAAAAGAGACAUGCUCCUUCAUUUUAGUUGUAUGUUGCAUGUUUAGUAUUGAUCAUUAAUCCUAAAAGAAAAAGAUAUGAGAAUUAUCUUCUAUUGUUUAUUACUCAGUGACUCUGCAGUUUAAAACUACAUUGGUUGUCAUUUUAUUAUUAUUGACUGUUAACUAGAUUAGAUAUGUUUGACUGGUUAAGAUUUAUAAUGCCUGUUAUUCAUUUUGCUUACUUAGCUCUGGCUAAUGAUUAACAGUCAUUCAGCAGUGUUGCUUAAAGAGUGCUUACUGUUGACUAAAAUGGCCAGUCAUUGUUUUAAAGCAAAUUAUAUCAGCAGAUAGUUGUGUCACAUUGUAACCAUUGAUGCAGAGGCAUUUUUUUAACACUCUUUUAUUUGUCCUGACACAGGUGACUACAAGUUUGUUUCUGUCACAUACCGCCUGUUCAAGGUCCCUAAAGGCAAAACCAACUCCUGUCAAGUCAUUUACAACGGGGGCAUUACUGGAGUGGAGGACUGCUUUCAAUUUGACUUUCAUUACACAUUCAAGGUUUGCACAUCCUGGAUUAGGAGACCAGCUUAAAGUCAAUGUGCCGUAUAGAAAUGAUGUCCUAUGUGGGUGUGUUUCACAGGUGGGUGAUGUAGUGGAGGUUGAUGGAGAGCUGGCCAACAUCCUGACCCAUUCAAGAUUCAAGGACGACUUUACUUUUAAGCCACCCGGAGGUCCCUGUGAGCCCUGUGCAGUCAAACCUAAGGUCAGUGUCAUUAAAUUCCUGGAUGUGGAAAUGUCUUUGUUGUUUUUUGAGCACUAGAGGUCAGUAUGUUUGUAUUAUUUAUUUCGAGAAUGUGACACACCCAGAGAGCCUCACUGUGCACUAAGCCGCACUCACACUCACACAACACUCAUGAGUGAAAGUUCUUAUACACGCACUGACAUACCCACUCAAACAUACAUACGCACACAUCCACACGCACAAGGUCAAGCAGCUGUCUUGGAGUCAUAACCAGACUGUGGAGUCAUGCUGGGGAACCUUGAACAGGAAGGAAUGUUCUCUUCUCAGCUAACGGAAUGCCAUCUUAUCAGUUCUCAUGGUCGUUCUGCGCUCACAAACACACAUCCACAAACAUUACUUUGAAUACGUUUCUCAGUUACAAACACAAUCCUUCCAACAAGUUACAUUUUUUCAUUCAGGGGUCACUACUUGUGGCAAAUAAAUGCAUUUCUGCGUUCUAUCAGAUUUGUCCUGUGGUUUAAUCUUUGGACUGACCUUCUCAGGUAGAAUCAUGUUCCAGAUCCUUUUCUCUCAUCAACAUGGGUGAAUGGUCAUAAUAAUGAUAGAAAGCCUUUGUUAUUGUUCUUGAAAACUACUACUGUGAGUUACAAAUUUAACAGCAACCAGUUUAAAACAACAGGAGUACAUGAAUGUCAGGGCUCAGUUAACAGCUUUUAUUCUGGAGGUUUAAAUAAUCUUGCAGUUUAAUUGGUAUUAAAUGCGAGAUUAAAAAAAAGAAAUGCUAAAAUCCUCAUAUUUGCUAAACAAACUUUUCACGUUCCUUACUAUUGUCUUUAAAGAAUCAUAAUAAUGACAUUUCUCUUGAAUGAAAGCAAGUGUAUCCAGUCACUUAAAAUGAUUUUUAACUUGCUGCAUUUUUUUCACAGGCUGACACUGUGGAUCCUUUUGAGCUGGUCUCACAGCUGGAGAAACAGAGUCCAGGUUCAGCCACAGGGGGGUGCUGCAGCACAAAGUCUGCCACCUGCUGCAAAUGAUGGAGGGAAGAGCACUGUACUCUACAGUCCCCUGCAUUAAACUGUUGGUGCAUAAAAUAGGAAUUCAAGUGUACUGACAUAAUUAUGCCUGAUGCUUUGACACUUUUAACAUGCUUUAUGAUUUUGUUGUGUCUUUGGUAACAUUUUAGGUAAUUUAAAUGAAUUAUAGCACACAGAGGCGUCUUAUUGUUGUUAUGUACAAUGGUUCCUUGCCAAUCACCCCCACUGAAGGAGCAGCAUAUUUAAUUUAUUAAUAUUUGCUGUGUAAAUAAAUCUUAACAUUGCAUAGGUAUUAAGGAAAAAUAAGAAUUUUCCAAACUAUUUAAUCUGGAACAGUUAUAAACAUGAUGAGACACAUCCAUCUUUUUCAUACUUUAAGAUUACAGUGCCCACUCUGCCUUAAGAAUUGACACCUUUACUGAUUAAUGACUCCUAUCAUAGAUUGUCUAUGCAGCUUUGCUCCAAUGUCAGCUUCUAACACACCAGUCUCAAUUUUGUUAUGGGACAAUAAAUAUGUUUAAUCAGAU